AUGUCAGCUUCUUGGCACACUCUCAGCAGCUUCACUGCUCUUUCGUUAACCUCAAAAUACCGCCGUCUAAUACCAUCGUCAUCAUCAUCAUCACCAGCAUCAGUCGCAGUAUCUCAGUCGCUCAGAGUCGCCCACUCCUCGCUCACCGGAUUCCAAGAACUGUCCACGGAGCCUAAGCAAAUUGAAGCUAUAAACUUGAAAGAUGCCCGCAAGAAUCAGAAGCAGAACGACGUCGUCCCAGAGAACCAACAAGAAGAAGAAGAAGAAGAGCAUGGAAUUUCUAAAAUCCCAGUGCCCAGGCAGAAGUACAUCCCUGUUUCCAAGGCUGAGCUGCUGGACGGAGUCGUUUCGACUGUGUUCCAAGACAAAAAUGGCGAUGAAGAUGAUGCUCUGCAAUACUUUCUUCUUCUCUCUUCGUGCUUGGACUCUAUUCUUCAUGCUGAACACAAAAGCAUCUUGGAAGCAAUGCGAGCUGAUUAUUUUGAUUCCAACUCCAUGGAACACAAGCAAACAGUUAAUGAGGUUGAUGAACAAGUUGUGAAUAAUGGGCAGGGCUCAGAUUCUGAUAGGAGUGGCAUUAAUGAAGUUGAGAGUAUGGAGGCAAAUGGGGAUGAAAAAGUUGAAGCUGACAAGCAAAUGCCAUUCAAUUAUGUUCUGGUGUUGAAAAAACUCUUGGGUUCUUCGGCUAAGAACGUCAAGAGAGUUGCUGUUUCCGCUCGUUUCCAGCAUUCUUUCAUGCAACUUCUUUAUGAUGCUCAGUUUGUAGAACUAUCAGAAAGGGAUUUAAUGCUGACAUCUGCAUUGAACACUGAUUAUCUCCUUACUUUGCCUGUAUAUGUUGACUGGAAGAGGGCAUCUGAGUCAAAUGCAAUAAUAUUCAGGCGAGGAUAUGCAACAGAGAGGCAGAAAGGCCUGCUGCUUGUGGAAAAACUGGAUUACAUACAGUCCAAACUUCUACAAGGAGCCUUCUUCAUCGUAUCAAAACCGUUGGGGAGAAUUGGGAGCUGGAUAACUGAGGCAUUCAAAGUUGCUUGUCAAACUCCGGAAGUACAAGAUUUGACUAAAAGAAUGCAACUUUGGCUUAAGGAGCUGUCUGUUUUUCAGCAAGCAUUUCGUUAUAAUGAACAAACUUCUGAUCAUCUUCUGGGAGUAGAGCAACCAUCAGAUAGGGACCUCCCAAUAUGGUUGGCAGCACAGAGAGCAGUAUCUCGUUAUGAAGGGCUUUUAUCUACAGUUGGACCCCGUGGAAGGCUCUUAAAGAAGUUGCUUUCAUGGAUUGGACUUAUUUCCCCUACACCAGAAACACCAUUUGAGCUGGAUGGUGAUACUAAUGCUUCUGACCCUUAUGCAAGGCCCAUUUUCUUAUCAAGGAUAUCACUUAGUGACAUAUGGAGACCUGCUACAAGGAAAUACUGUGGAAAGGACAUUUGGAAAAUGCUAAAAACUUCCAUUUCUAUUCUUUUCUCACAGUCAAUCCUCCAGGAGGCAGCAUUUCAAGAAUUGAUUCUGCUUUAUACCAAAGAAGUAGAUGACAGCAAUACUGGCGAUAAUGCUGACGUUCCAUCGUUGCAGUUAAAGAUUUACGAGAGAAUUCCUAUUCCAGAUCUACCAGUUAUCUUUCCCCACAAAAAGCUAUCUUUCCGUAUCAUAGACACGGUACGCUUGGACAUCGCCUCAAUAUUAGGGCUUUCAGCAUACUUCAUAAACUACAAAUUUGAGAAUGUCUUAUAUUCCCCGUCAGCAAUAUUUCUUGAUGUGGUUGCAAUCAGCGCUCUCAUAAUUUAUGUGUCCCGUGUGGUUUUGGGAUACAAACAGACAUGGGAUAGGUAUCAACUUUUGGUCAACAGGACGCUUUAUGAGAAAACCUUGGCAAGUGGAUUUGGCUCAGUUCAUUUUCUUCUUGAUGCUUCUGAACAGCAGCAAUACAAGGAAGCCAUUUUGGCCUAUGCAAUCCUUCUCAAAACGAAGAAGGGGAAGCUAACAUGUCGCCAGAGUGUUGCAGAUGACUGCGAAAGAUUUAUGUAUGAUGUGUUUAAAGUAAAGGUUGAAAUGCCAGUUGACAAGGCAGUUACUACAUUAUUAAGGCUGGGCCUAGCUACAGAAACUCCUAUUGAUGGAAGGAUUAGUUUGCAGGCUAUUUCAUGUUCCGAGGCAUACGAGUCGCUUAAAGAACGCUGGAAUAGUUUGCUUGGUUAA